CCUCACGGCCCCCUAAGGGGUCCAGACCCCCAGUUUGAGAACCCCUGAGUUAGCUCAAUCCUCACUGGUCUCUGGGUACUCUUCUAAUACAAGUGCUAAAUAAUAAUAGCAGGAAGUGGGGGUAGACUUAAUAUGAGAUGUCUGACUUUCUUUUUCUGCUUUACUCACUUUUUAAAAUAGGGAUCUUCUGAUCUUGAGGAUUACUUAUUUAAAAAAAGUUACAAAACUCAAUACAUAAAUAUAUUAGCAAUUAAAUAAUAGGUUUUAUGUUGGAAGGAUUUCAAGGCAAAAUAUUGAGUGAUUGUAGAGGCAGCUAUUUCACUUCCCUUUCAGAGUGAAUGCACGACAGACGGAAACAGUGAGAGAGACUGUGCAUGUGUGUCAAUGACAAUGAAAUAUUUCCUUUCCUUUCUUUUCUGCUGUGUUUACUGAAAGGACCCCCUGAGCUUUUCAGUCUUCAUUUAUGAAUGCUUUUUGCGUGACUGAAAGCAAACUUAAAAGGGAGCUUUAAAAGGAAAAUAGAACUUCUCCGGACUGAAGAGGACAACUUCCUAAGAAAAAACAAAAUGUCUCCUAAAUCGAAAAAGCUUUUUAACAUAAUUAUGUUAGGAGUUGCUUUUAUGUUUAUGUUUACUGCCUUCCAAACGUGUGGAAAUGUUGCGCAAACUGUUAUCACGAAUUUAAACAACACAAAUUUUCAUGGCAGUGGCUAUACCAGCAUGGCCAUUAUUUAUGGGGUGUUCUCUGCAUCAAAUCUUAUUUCACCUUCAGUGGUUGCUGUAGUGGGACCUCAGUUAUCCAUGUUUGUUAGCGGUCUAUUUUACAGCAUAUACAUUGCGGUUUUUAUCCAGCCUUUCACAUGGUCCUUCUACACUGCUUCUGUUUUCAUUGGGAUAGCAGCUGCUGUACUUUGGACUGCACAGGGAAAUUGCCUGACGAUAAAUUCAGAUGAAAACACUAUUGGGAGAAACAGUGGAAUCUUCUGGGCACUUUUACAGUCCAGCUUGUUUUUUGGAAAUCUUUAUAUAUACUUUGCUUGGCGUGGGAAAACUCACAUAUCAGAGAGUGAUCGCAGGACUGUCUUCAUUGCUCUAACUGUCCUCAGUCUCGUGGGCACAUUUCUGUUCUUUCUGAUUAGGAAACCAGAGGAGUCAAAAACACUGGAGGAGGAAGUUUCCACCACUGAUGAAAGCAGUGUAGACAACUCGUCUGUCCAAAGCAAAGCGACGAGGGCAGUGGAUGCAUUUAAGAGCUCUAUUAAGCUAUACUUCACCAAAGAGAUUUUGCUCCUUAGUGUUACAACGGCUUAUACAGGUCUGGAAUUAACAUUCUUUUCUGGAGUAUAUGGGACCUGUAUUGGUGCUGUGAAUAGAUUUGGCACUGAAGAGAAAAGUCUUAUUGGACUCUCUGGUAUUUUUAUUGGCAUUGGAGAAAUUUUAGGUGGAGGAUUCUUUGGCUUAGUGAACAAAGAUAAUCGCUUUGGCAGGAACCCAGUUGUGAUGCUUGGCAUUGUGGUCCAUUUUGUAGCCUUUUAUUUAAUUUUUUACAACAUACCAAAUGAUGCCCCCAUUGCUUCGUUCGAAGGAACAGAUAAUAGGGCUUAUAUGAAUCCAAGCAAAGCGUUGGCCAUUUUUUGCAGCUUUCUGUUGGGACUAGGAGACAGCUGCUUUAACACCCAACUCCUCAGUAUUUUGGGGUUCCUUUAUUCAGAAGACAGUGCACCUGCCUUUGCUGUUUUCAAGUUUGUCCAGUCCAUCUGUGCUGCAGUCGCAUUUUUCUACAGCAACUACCUUCUUCUUCAGUGGCAGCUCCUGAUCAUGGCAGUGGUUGGGUUCUUUGGAACAAUCUCCUUCUUUACUGUGGAGUGGGAAGCAGCAGCAUUUGUCGCCCGUGGCUCUGACUACAGGAGCAUUUGAUCCAGGUGCUCCAUCAGCCUGAUGUGAGGAGAUGCACAGAAACAUAUUUAUUGAAGUGACUUGAGAAGGCGAAAAGAUCACAUCACAGAGCCCGGGAUGAAGGAAGCCUCUGUUAAAGCCCUUUCAGUGUAACUGAUAGGAACAGUUAUAAUGAAACAUAGAAAAACAAAAUGCCAAAAUGAAAAGGCUCUCUUUCUUAUUUUUAUCGACGUUGAUGUGCAGGGUCACAAAAAUCCCAUAUGAGAAAAUGGAAGGAAAACUGGGGAUCUGUGCAUUGAACAAUUUUAUUCAGAUACAUCCCUUUGCUGAGUGCCUAUUUCUCUUAAUUUCUCUUUGUGAUCAUGUACUAUAGAAAUUCUAGUUUCAUUCCUCUCAAAUAGUUUUAUUUUUACUUA